GGCUGUUUGGUUUCCCCGUCUGAGCGCUGUUCUCUACAUAUUGCAGAGAGUAGGAAUUAGUGAUCACUAUCAGCAGAGAUUGAAACUUACUAGACCUUGGGCAAGAAUAUAUUUGUCACCUAGAUUUAGUAUUGGCUUUCAAAUCCUUCACAUCCCGCAGCAAUCUGCACAAAUCGCUUGAUUUAUCGCAACGGUGGAAUGAAAAUGUCCGAAACUGCGACGUCCCUUAUUCGACGCUAAGCGACCCGCUUUUUGUAAUGUCCACACUUCUGGAGUUAUCAUAUCUGUACAUAUCGUAAAUGGGUGAAAAAUCUACUUCAAAUGACUCUUCCGCUCCAAAUGGGACUGGUCCUAUGCGAAUGCGCUGUUUGUCUGACUAUGAGAUAAAAAAGGAGAUUGGAGAAGGCUCCUUUAGCAUUGUGUACGCCGCUGUGGAGAAAAGUGAACCUCAUCGUGAUGUUGCUAUCAAAAUGUGCUUUAAGAAACAGAUUCUGAAAGAAAAACGGGUCGCUUCAGUUCAUCGCGAGAAGUGUGUGUUGGCACGGCUUUCUUCUCCCGAAUUCAUCCAUCCAUUCAUUGUAUCACUAUAUGCUACAUUUCAAGAUCGGGAUCACCUUUACUUCGUAUUAUCAUAUGCAAAACAUGGUGAUCUCCUCCACAUUAUGUUCAAAAGGCCUGAAAAACGAUUCAGCGUUGGUGAUUCUCGAUUCUAUGCUGCGGAAAUCCUUUCUGGCUUGCAGCACCUCCACUCCUUAUCCUAUAUACAUAGAGACAUCAAGCCUGAAAACUGCUUGGUGGCCGCUAGUGGACAUGUCAUGAUCUCGGAUUUUGGGAGUGUCAAAGACCUUUCUGUGAAGGAGGAACGGCAAUUCGACGAGAAGGCUGGACUGCGAAUUAGAAGGUGUUCAUUUGUCGGUACUGCCCAAUAUGUUAGCCCUGAGGUUCUGGAAGGUGCAGAAGUGACGCCAGCUUGUGAUUUAUGGGCACUAGGUGUCGUCAUAUAUCAAUUUCUGACAGGAAAACAUGCAUUCCAUGACGAAUCUGAAUAUCUCAUUUACCGACGGAUCCAGAAGGUGUUAUUUACAUACCCUUCCGAUUUCCCAGAUUCUGCUAGAGACUGUGUUGAUCAUCUGCUUGUCAUUAAGCCAGAAGACAGACUUGAAGCUGAUGCGCUUCGAAAUCACGAGUUCUUCAGCGGUAUUGACUGGGACAAUCUGAAAGAUAUGAAGCCACCCCCUAUCCCUGAAUAGUUUCUAGUCUGUUAAUAAGUUGCACUACAUGUAUAUAUUUAAUUAGCAAUCGUUUUGUGCAAUCGGAUUUUUGUGACCAGUGUUCUAAGUCCGAGCUCAUGAUAGUAAACUAGU